UUCAGGUGCAAAGUGUGUCUUAUUGGGAGUGACACGGCCUGGUAGAAAUAAUUGGACAGGCAAAACCAAAGCAAUGAUCCUAAAGAACCAGUUCUCAACAUCUUACAGAGGUUGCUUUGCUACAGAUCAGUGCACGACAACGCGGCUUACUGUGACAUUGCAGCAGUCAGCAGAUGCAGAGCAACACCAGUCAUCAGCGCAUCAUCACGAAAUUCACUUGCUAUACUCUUGCUUACUGUGCGUUCCAUUCAGGUCCGGAAAGCGCAGCCACCAUUGGCCAUCGCCGGCCAUGGCGCCGCUCGCGUCCCCACGUCCACCCUCCUCCUGCUCCUAUUCUCCUUCUUCCUCGCAGCGCCAGGCGUCGCCGCGGACUCCGACGUCGACGGCUGGUACGUCGGUGAGACCGGGUCUCUUCACGGUCCUCGGCUGCGGCAGCCCCUCUGAAGACUCCGCGCGGCCUUCGUCCAAGAAUGCGAGCGCCGACCUCAGCGAGCUUCUCGCCGCGAUCCCCGCCGUGGCCGCGCCCCGAGGGCUCCGGCGCGCUGUCCCCGGCGGCGCCUCCGUCCGCGGCGUCUGCGUCAGCGAGGAGACGGAUGCGGAUAGGAGGUAAAUCUUGGCAGGGGAUCGCCGGGAUGGAUGGCAACGGGGCAAGCGGAGGUCGCCGGCGACGAGCCCACGGCUCUGGCGGCACCCCUGAAACAUUUACAAAAUACCCCCUAGUUUGGAUCGUGAUUAAUAUUCGCGAUCCAAAUGAGGGGUCUUUGUGUAAAUACUGGAUUGUAUAAUUAAUACUGCCC